AUGGUGGUAUGGUCACAUGAGGAUGCGACAUCGGAUUCCUCUGAGGACGAAAUACCAGAACUGGAGGAGGGAGAGGUGACCGAUGCGCAGAAGAAAGUUGCAGAGGCUGCUGGUUUAAGUGAACAGGUAAUUGGCGACAAGGGUAACAAGCAGUCACGUUCAGAAAAGAAGGCCCGUAAACUAUUUACCAAAUUAGGUUUGAAGCCUGUUCAUGGUGUUUCACGAGUGUGUAUUCGUAAGUCUAAAAACAUCCUUUUCGUUAUUAAUAAGCCCGAUGUCUACAAAAGUCCAGGAUCUGAUACCUACAUUGUCUUCGGUGAAGCAAAGAUUGAAGACCUUAGUGAACAUGCGCGUUUCGCCGCUGCUGAACGGCUAAAACCAAGUGAGACUCCAGUUGCGGGACAGGGUUUGCACGUUAAUCCUGCGCCUCAAGCUGAGGAGGAGAGCGACAAUGAAGGUGACAUUGACGCAAGUGGCAUAGAGGAAAAGGACAUUGAGUUGGUGAUAUCCCAAGCUGGCGUUUCGCGAAAUAAGGCCAUUAAAGCUUUGAAGAAAGCAGACAAUGAUAUUGUGAAUGCAAUCAUGGAAUUGACUAUGUAG